AUUGGAUUGUUGUUUCUUCAAAUCGUGGUCAGACGAAACUCAGUUUGUUAUUUCACAGACAAGUUGAAAUCUCACCUACAGUCGCUCUAAUUCGGAGAUCAUGGUGGUGGUGUUAUUCCCUGCAAAGUCUAGAUGCCACUGAGCAACACUUGCGACCUGACAUGAUAUAGUCUUGAGAGGCUUGAGAACAACUUCUUUUCUACACAGGGAAGUGUCAGGAUCAAAAUCAAGGAAACAGAAAACCACAAAACCUAAAACUCCAGUAGACCAAAGGACAGGAGUGGACAGGAGUGUGGAUACGGGGUGUUGGGGAUGGGGUUGGGGAGCCAAAGGAGGACGUCAUGGUUUACAGCAGCUCUGCGGCCUCCCCAAUGAAAACAACACCAUCAGCAUCACCUCAUUUAACUGCUCCUGCUACAGCACCUCCUAUACAAGUAGCACCUCCUCUGGUGCUUCCCCCUGGAGAUACUACUGGUCAGGACCUAACCCAGACCUCUGCCAAACUCCUCAGCACAGACCUUACCUCUAACUCUGACUUGACACAGACCUCUACUCCGUCUCCUGCUGAUGCAGAACCCCCUGUUGUAACCCCAGCAAAUGCACUUACAACUAAUCCAAGCUCAGCAUCAUCCUGGUCCUCUACACAGACACAACACACAACACCUUCUCAGGGCCCAGUCAAUGGCCGGACAUCAGGCAGGAAGAGGACUCCUAAGGCCUGUGACUGCUGUGGGCCCAACAGUACUGGACACAAUGUCAAAACCUCAGGCAGAGGAAAGGGGAAGGGAAGAGGGAGAGGGAGAGGGGCCGUUAGGGAUCUCGGCGACACACCAAAAAGAAAAGUGGGGGGCCAGCUGAUAAGUAUCAAGAGCUUUGAUUUGAGCAAGGAGACGGUAGAGGAAGCAGAGGAUGAAGAUGACAGAUAUGAGAAGGAGCAAACGACUCUAGUAGUGGCUGAUACUCAAUCUCAAACCCCAGUUCCCCUACCUGUCACAUCCCUGCAGGAUGGACCAAUAAGAAACUGUGUCCCUCCAGAGAAAGAGGAUGCACAAAAAAAUGAGGACACAUUGAUAGAGGGGACAGGAGCUACUGGCGAAGGAGGAAAAGGAAGUGGCGAUAGCAGGGAUGAGAUGAAAUGGUCAGGUUUGGCAGGCAGGGGAGUGCCAGUAGUUAGAGGUGGAGGGAGAGGAUGGAGGGGAAUGCUUGGAGCUACGUUUGCAUCAAAAAUUAAAGUAGAAGUUGGAAUGAAGAGGGGAGGUGGGGGUUGUGUUGUCAUCGGUUCUAAAAUGGAGAACAAAAAUGCAGGGAUAGAACAUGGAGAGCAAACUGACUCCAGCAUAGUUAAAUCUCCAUUUGGAAAUGGAGACACAGUAAACCUAUCUGACUCUGAACCUGAGGAGGAGGCUAAGGAGGACAAUAUGAUCAUGAGUGAACUGGGAAAUGGACUACUAUUCAUGUCACGGCAGUCAGGCAAUGCUUCAAGGUCAAAAAUUUCCCAGGACCUUGACUCUGAGAUGCAGGUGGACCAGACUUCUGACAGUACAGACCAAGAUUCUUUACCAGUUACUCUGUCCAAUGGAAACGUCACCACACCAACAGAUCAUGACCACAGAGCUACACCUAUGGAAGUGGAAACUUCUCAUCCAAACCAGGGGCCUAUUAUAGUGUGCAGCAUGCCGCACUGCUGGGCAUUAAGAGACCACAGGCUGUACUGUCAGCCGGGAACUUGGGAGAAGGAGGAGAUGGACGGUCAGUCUGAAUCAGCAGUGAUGGAUGGAAAGACGCAGAAUGAAGAAAGCCUGGAGCAGCUUACAGAUAUGGUCCAUGAGUUUCUGGAGAGCUUCUAUAUGAAGUAUGGCAGUUUCAUUCCUCUCAGUGAGACAGAUGUGCUGGAAUACUUGAAGAAGAAUGGCAACCCUGACCUCAGUAAAAGGGGAUUGGACAUCAAAGGGGAAAUGACUCGGUACAGGUCGGGACUGGCCUCUGCUCCUAUUGCAGGCUUCAUGGUGACGUACAACAAACACAACCUGGGCCUGGAGGACCUUGGCACACUAGAAGAACAGAAUUGGCUUAAUGACCAGAUUAUCAACAUGUAUGGAGAACUCAUUAUGGAAGCAACGCAACACAAGGUUCAUUUUUUCAACAGCUUUUUCCACAAGCAGCUGGUUGCCAAGGGUUAUGAUGGUGUGAAGAGAUGGACUAAAAAAGUCGACCUGUUCUCCAAGUGGCUGCUGCUAAUUCCCAUCCAUUUAGAAAUCCACUGGUCUCUUGUCACAGUCACCAUGGCAACCAAAACCAUCAGUUACUACGACAGCCAAGGCAUCGUCUUCAGACACACCACAGAUAACAUUAUGAAGUACCUCCUGUCUGAAGCCAGAGAGAAGGAACAGGCAGCUUUCCAGAAGGGCUGGAAAAUUACUAUCAUCAAGGGUAUUCCUCAGCAGAAAAACGACAGUGACUGUGGAGUUUUUGUCCUUGAGUACUGCCGUCGUCUCUCAGUGAAGCAGCCUCUGCUGUUCAGUCAGGAGGACAUGCCUCGCAUCCGCAAGAGAAUCUACAAGGAACUGUGUGACUGUCGACUCAACGAUUGAACGACUGAAAAACAGCCGCCUUCACUCACUGACUUCUUGCCUGGUUACAUGAGACAGUCUGUCCAAGUCUGUCAGACGGCCUGUUUCACAGACAGCCUGUUACACAAGCUAACACAACCUGGCCAUCUGUUUUACAGGGAGCCCUAACUGCCAGUCCGUCUGUGUGACUGACAGCAGAGUGGAUGUCACUUGGGACUUCUGGUGACUUUUGGAGUUCAAUAACAGCCUGUAGCUAAGCAGAGUUUUACUUGCAAACUUGCAAAGAACUACUGACGU